UGUCCGUUCCCCAGGUAAGCAUAAAUCGUGAUUGUGCUCCCAAGUGACCCGCUAAAAUCCUCACCUUUUUACAAAAGCCUUUCACUUCAGAGUUCAUUUAGUUUGCUGUACGCUGGUGGGUGACAGGAGCUCCGUUGGCGAAACUUUCGUUUUCAUUGCUCCAUCACUCUGCACUGUAAACGCCACAAUGGCAUUGAAAUUGACGUCAUUGCUGAUUAUUACCCUAGUUCUCACCUCUUGUGAAGUUCUGACCAAAACUGGAAAGGCCAACAGAGGGCGUCACAUGAAGAAGGAAUGGCGAGGUGAAAGAAAAGCCACAGAGGCUGACUCAAAGAGUCUUCCAUCUCAGGCAGACGUAUGUGCAGGUGUUGAGUGCGGGGUGGGCAAGGAGUGCACAUUGACGACUGAUGGAGAGGCUAGCUGUGUCUGCGUCCAAGAAUGUAGACGUCAUCGCAGCCGUUUACUCUGCGCAUCUGACGGUGUGACGUACACCAAUGAAUGUGAGCUGCAGAGAGCUGCAUGUCGAGGCGGAAUCCAGCUGUUUAUCGAACACGAAGGCAUCUGUGCUCCUUUGCCCACAGAUCCCACCCCUACCUCGAGUCCAGCCUCCCGUACCCAUCCCAUCGCAUGCUAUCAAGAUCAGAGAGACACACUGCAGCGUCAGAUCGUUGAGUGGUUACAGGGAGUAAGUGCGUCUGCAGGACCCGAGGAUAACGCCUACGAAGCGCUGCUAGAAGAUUGCUUUGCACGAUUCGACGAUACUCAAGAUAAUUUCCUCGAGCCCACCGAGUUCAUGAAGUUUGUUGAGCACAAUGAGACAUUACAGAAUACAACUGACGACUUGAAUCAAUACUAUGAGGAGAACACCUUGCUGAGAAGCCUUUGCGUUGAUGCACUCCUGGCUGAGGCAGAUGAGAACUUCGAUUGGAGGCUGAGUUUAUCUGAAUUCAAGAAGGUCAUGAUGCCUGGAUUCAACCCACCCACCAAGUUGUGCUCCUUGGAAGGCAAAUAUUUUAUGGACGGCCAAGAGAAGAAGAAUAAAUGCAAUAUCUGCAUUUGUGCUUGCGGUAACUGGGUGUGUACAGCCAACGCGUGUGAUGGACGAUUUAUUGCAGGGCAGAGAGCAAUGGAGGAAAGCACAGAGGAAACCGUUUCUAAAGACACUUGGCUGAACAUCAUGAAGAAGUUAUCUUCCGUGGACCCUGUCAAGUUUCCAACAGAUUCGUACAAUGUCAGUCAGCUAGCUGCCAAAGUGAUCGGAAGAGAGGAAACGGUCAUUGAGACAUCUACAGAAGAAGCAAGAGAGCAUGCGCAUGAUCAUGACAUCGCAUUGCCUAGAAAACCUUCAUUUUCGAAGGGCUCCCUCAUAGGUUUGAAGAACACAAUCUCCAAGAGUUUUGGGCAUCUUAGGGAGAUUGUUGAAGCAACGCCCGAGGAGGGAAAGAAGAUGCGAGAUAAAGUGUAAAUAUGAACACGCUGUGAGGAAAUGUUCGAUCGCCUUGUAUUGUGAAUGCUUCAUGAUAUACCUACGCAUAAUCAAUUAGAUUAAGUACCAAACCCACGGAAUUAGCCAGUGAAAUGGUAAAAUAAAGACUACGGGGAAAGCGUAUUCUAGAGUAAAUUUGUGGUUAGGUUUGGCUAGAUUGGCUGCCCAGUUGACGUCGGUGAAAUCGGUGUCAUGUGAAAUGUGGACUUCUAUGGAAUCUGGUUUCCUUUACCUGAGGUCUAUGGACUCUUAACUUUUACAAGUGAACUGCCACUGUCUUGAUUAUUGUCACUAAGGCAUGCGCAAUACAACCAAUGAUACAAUAGGGAGGUAGACUUACUUUUGAUCACAACACCCGAGAAUUUUGCACCUGUAAUUUUCAACCGAAUCUCCGGUCUGCACCAGCAGGAUGACCCGGAUGUUGCAUCCUUGACCUUACGGAUACGUGAUUCCAAACCGCAUCACUGCAUCUAUAUCUCAUGGAGUCCACAUUUCGCACUACAUCAGCGAACUCUACCAUGGGUACGCUCGGUGAAUUUCACAGGAACUACAGCAAACGAUUUCGAAAUUUUGUUUUUUUUUGUUUUCAGAAUAUCAGAUAACCGAUAAGCAGAACAAUAGAAAACAGUUGUUGCCAAAACGUUCGACCAGCUUUUCUGCUUUUCCGAACGAAGAAAACGUGUGAUCUGAUUUUCUGCUCUUCGAGCAAGACAGAAAACAACAGAUGUCCACUUUUCGUCCGCCACUGCCUGUGGAAACGUGAAAAUCACCCUUUUUUAAAGCAAAAAGCAGAAAAGCAGAAAAUGUAACCUUCGAAAACUAUUCUGACAGCACAAAAGUAGAUGACCACUUUUUGUACUCAAUAACUUUCGUCCCCCUUAGGCCCAUACGUUUGUCGAUACAUGGCGUUCACUAUUGUUCCAGUCGAGAUAGCUCUGCACAGUCUCGUAAUGAUAACGUCUUUGGAAGUUCAAACGUUAUUGCUUAUUUUGCUUAUCAGUGAUUCAACGAAAGUUAAGUAAUAAUAUUGCCAUUGGAUUCGCGUCAUUAAUUUAUGCCGGUAUGUCAUCGUCAGCUUUGUCAAUUUAAAGAAAGAAAGCUCAGAAUCCAAAGAAUAUACAUAACAUUUCAAAAUGGAAGUCUUAGAAUGCUCUUCGAUGGAUUUUUUUUCCAAAAUAAGUAUCUCAGAAAUGAAAUGUGUAUAAAGCUAUUUUUUUCAAAUUUACUUUAUUACGAAACCAACUUAAACAUUAAUUUAACUUUUUGAAAAUGUAUGUUAAAUUGCUUUAAAUAAAAUAAACAAUUCGAAAGUAAAUAAUGUGCAUGCGCAAACUUAGAUUAAAAAAAAGUUUAGAAAGCGA